AUGGCACCGAUCGCUGUCUCCCCCGAGCGGGAUGUUGGGCCGCUGAACACGCUGACCACCGAUUUUGACGAUACCAUCCGCUUCUACCUCAAUGGCACACGAGUAGUCCUUGACGAGAUCGACCCCGAAGUCACUCUGCUGGAGUACUUGAGAGGUAUCGGACUGACUGGAACCAAGCUAGGAUGUGGCGAGGGCGGUUGCGGUGCCUGUACCGUUGUCAUAUCACAGUUUAACCCUACCACGAAACAAAUCUACCAUGCGAGUGUCAACGCCUGCCUUGCUCCUCUUGCCAGCGUCGAUGGUAAGCAUGUCAUCACCAUCGAAGGUAUUGGAAACACCAAGGCACCACAUCCUGCACAGGAGCGGGUGGCGAAGACGAACGGCAGCCAGUGCGGCUUCUGCACACCCGGAAUUGUCAUGAGCCUGUAUGCGCUGCUGCGCAACAACGACGCUCCGUCGGAAGAGGAUAUUGAAGAGGCGUUCGACGGGAACCUGUGCAGAUGUACCGGUUACAAGCCCAUUCUCGAGGCCGCGCAGACCUUCAGUGUUGAAAGGGGAUGUGGCAAGGCCAGGACGAACGGAGGUUCGGGCUGUUGCAUGGAAAAUGGCAACGGCGAGAAAAAUGGCGGGUGCUGUAUGGACAAGAAGUCCCUUGACGACCAGCCGAUCAAGAGGUUCACACCGCCCGGCUUCAUCGAGUACAACCCCGAUACCGAGCUCAUAUUUCCUCCGUUGCUGAAGAAGCAUGAACUGAAACCGCUGGCUUUUGGAAACAAGAGAAAGAGAUGGUUCAGGCCUGUCACGCUCGAGCAGUUGCUUGACAUCAAGAGCGUUUACCCUUCCGCCAAAAUUAUUGGCGGCAGCACUGAGACCCAGAUCGAGAUCAAGUUCAAGGCUCAGCAGUAUCCAGUCUCAGUUUAUGUCGGCGACAUUGCCGAGUUGCGGCAGUAUGAGUUCAAAGACGACCACCUGGAGAUUGGUGGAAACGUGAUAUUAACAGACUUGGAGCACAUCAGCCAGGAGGCUACGAAGCACUAUGGCGAUGCCCAAGGCCAGGUUUUUGAGGCUAUUUACAAGCAGUUGAAGUAUUUUGCCGGAAGACAGAUUCGCAAUGUGGGCACACCAGCUGGUAACUUGGUGACAGCUUCACCCAUUUCAGAUCUCAACCCGGUCCUCUGGGCCGCCAACGCCGUCCUGGUCGCCAAGUCGCAGAAGGAAGAGACGGAGAUACCCAUGUCGCAAUUCUUUACGGGAUAUCGAAGAACCGCUCUCCCUCAGGAUGCUAUUAUUGCUUCUAUUAGGAUACCCGUGACAUCGUCAAAAGGCGAGUUCUUUAGAGCAUACAAGCAGGCCAAAAGGAAAGACGACGACAUUGCCAUUGUCACCGGGGCUUUGAGAGUCAAGUUGGACGACGAUGGCAUUGUUACCGAGAGCAACCUCAUCUACGGCGGCAUGGCUGCUAUGACAGUGGCAGCGAAGAAUACCAUGGAGUACCUUGUGGGGAAACGCCUUGCAGAGUUGGAGACUCUUGAAGGAGCAAUGAAUGCUCUGGGAACUGAUUUCGACUUGCAAUUUAGCGUGCCCGGUGGUAUGGCGUCAUACCGCAAGGCACUGGCGUUCAGCUUCUUCUACCGUUUCUACCACGACGUGCUUGCGGUGCUCGAUGGCCAGAGCCAGCAUGUCGACAAAGAAGCAGUCAGUGAGCUUGAACGAGGCAUAUCUGGCGGACAAGAGGAUGCGGAUGCUGCCGUUGCGUAUGAGCAGGAGACUGUCGGCAAGUCCAAGAAUCAUGUUGCGGCGUUGAAGCAGGUCACUGGCGAAGCACAAUACAUUGACGACAUCCCUCUCAUGAAAAAUGAGUUGCAUGGUUGUUUCGUCCUGUCAUCGAAGGCACACGCGAAGAUCAAGUCCAUCGACUACACUCCAGCGCUGGAAAUGCCAGGCGUCGUGGACUACGUUGACGUCAAUGACGUCGAACACCCCGAUCAAAACCGUUGGGGCGCACCACACUUUGACGAAGCUUUCUUUGCCGAGGGUGAAGUUUUCACUGCUGGCCAGCCGAUCGCCAUGAUACUUGCUACUUCGGCGUCGAGAGCUGCCGAGGCUGCUCGUGCAGUCAAGGUCGAGUAUGAGGAACUGCCGUCUAUCUUGUCAAUUGAAGAGGCUAUCGAAAAGGACAGCUUCCAUAACUAUUUCCGAGAACUCAAGAAUGGAGACCCAGAGACGGCUUUCAAGAACUGCGAUCAUGUCUUUACCGGCACGGCUAGAAUGGGAGGUCAGGAGCAUUUUUACCUCGAAACCCAGGCGUCACUUGUCGUUCCCAAGCCCGAGGAUGGAGAGAUGGAAGUGUUUGCUAGUACCCAGAACGCCAACGAAACGCAGGUGUUUGUCGCCCGUAUGUGCGGUGUGAAAGCCAACAAGGUCGUUGUCCGCGUCAAGCGGUUGGGAGGAGGCUUUGGCGGCAAAGAGACUAGAUCGAUCCAGCUCAGUGCUCCAUUAGCACUCGCAGCUAAGAAGACGAAGCGGCCUUGUCGGUACAUGCUGACUAGAGAGGAAGACAUGGUAACCUCUGGUCAACGGCACCCGUUCUUGGGCAGAUGGAAGAUUGGUGUCAACAAGGAUGGCAAGAUCCAAGCGCUGGACCUUGACGUAUUCAACAACGCCGGCUGGACUUUCGACCUCAGUGCCGCUGUCUGCGAACGUGCCAUGUCCCAUUCAGACGGUUGCUACAAGAUCCCGAAUGUCCAUAUCCGCGGACGUCUCUGCAAGACCAACACCAUGUCAAACACAGCCUUCCGUGGCUUCGGAGGGCCUCAAGGCAUGUUCAUUGCCGAGACUUACAUGGAGGAAGUGGCAGAUCGACUCGGUAUGCCGAUCGAGAAGUUUCGCGAAAUCAACUUCUACAAGCCGCUGGAACCCACACACUUCAACCAGCCUUUGACGGACUGGCACGUGCCAUUGAUGUAUGAGCAGGUACAGAAGGAGGCAGACUACUGGCAGCGAAAGGAGCGCAUUGCGCAAUUCAACGACGGGAACAAGUGGCGCAAGCGUGGACUGGCGAUCAUCCCAACGAAGUUCGGCAUCUCAUUCACGGCUCUGUUCCUGAACCAAGCAGGUGCCCUAGUUCACAUUUACCACGACGGCUCAGUCCUUGUAGCUCAUGGAGGUACGGAGAUGGGCCAGGGCUUGCACACCAAGAUGACACAGAUCGCAGCACAAGCUCUUCAAGUGCCGCUGGAUAAUGUAUUCAUUUCGGAGACGGCCACUAACACUGUCGCAAAUGCAUCGUCAACAGCCGCAUCGGCUUCUUCAGAUCUCAACGGCUACGCCAUCUACAACGCAUGUGCGCAGCUCAACGAGCGGCUGGCACCUUACCGCGAGAAGCUCGGUCCAAAUGCGACAAUGAAAGACCUUGCACAUGCAGCAUACUUUGACCGGGUGAACCUGUCGGCACAAGGAUUUUAUAAGACACCAGAAAUCGGAUACAGCUGGGAAACGAACCGCGGCAAGAUGUUCUUUUACUUCACACAGGGCGUCACGGCGGCCGAGGUUGAGAUCGACACGCUUACAGGCACAUGGACGUGCCUUCGCGCAGACAUCAAGAUGGACGUAGGGCAGUCAAUCAACCCCGCCAUCGAUUACGGACAAAUCCAAGGCGCGUUUGUGCAAGGCCUCGGCCUGUUCACGAUGGAGGAGUCGUUGUGGCUGCGAAAUGGGCCAAUGGCUGGCAAUCUCUUCACCCGCGGUCCUGGAGCGUACAAGAUCCCCGGGUUCCGUGAUAUACCCCAGGAGUUCAACGUCACCCUGCUCAAGGAUGUGGAGUGGAAGGACCUGCGUACGAUUCAGCGAUCCCGGGGAGUGGGCGAGCCACCGCUCUUCAUGGGGAGUGCCGUCUUCUUUGCGAUCCGCGACGCGCUCAAGGCGGCCAGAAAACAGUAUGGCGUUGAGGCGACGGUCGGAGAAGACCGGGAGGGCGACGGCUUACUCAGGCUUGAGAGCCCGGCCACACCCGAGAGGAUUCGGCUAAGCUGCGAGGACCCGAUCAUGAGGAGGGCGAGGGUGCUGCCGAAGGAGGGGGAGAGGAGCUUUUUUGUAGCCAUUUAG